UUAUGUUUGCUACUCACUUUGUACAACUGAAUCUUCAGACAUUCCCUUCGGACCAGCUGUGCUGUCAAGCGAAGGAGACCGAAAGUUUGCUAUUACUAGUCAGAUAAGUGGGCCUGGUUCCAACGAGUUAAGUCCCUGCCCCAGUCCUGAGAAACAUAGGGGUGGUUUUUAUAGCUGUAACGGUUAAUUGUGCCAGUUCAGGGAAUCGAACCCCGCAUUGUAGCUAUUGUUUUCAUGUCUUAGAUGAGGCACUUUGACGGUGUAGUUCCGGGUGUGCCUAUGAAUCGCUCACAACCAAGCAAUAAGCCCGUUAGCUAGCGAGCUAGUUGGUUAUUGAAGAUCAGUCGAGAGGGCUGGCGCCCUAUUCAUGAAAUAUUACUUGGCUACCUUCGUUUAUUGAUUUUGCUUUAAAAGGGUCAUCACCAUAUAUGCAUCUUAGCUGAAACAAGAAGAAACAACGAGAGGAUGGCGGCGGCACUGCUUUCGGAGACGGAGAUCAAACAGCGGUCUAUGGCUGAAGAGGAUCCGAAUGGGAAUGAGCAUGGAGCGGCCGCACGCAGCACUGCGCCUCGCUGGGGACCACAGCACGCUGGGGCCCGCCAACUCGCUGAGCUGUACUCUCCUGGCAAGCGCCUGCAGGAGUGGGUCAGCGUGGUGCUCUGCCUCUCUCUCUUCAGCGUCAACUUCCUCUUCCUGCUGCUCAAUUUCUCCACAGUGCACAUCUACAGGAUCAUCUUCGGCAUCUUUGCGGGGAUUGUGACGGCAGACUUUGCCUCUGGCAUGGUUCAUUGGGCUGCAGACACCUGGGGCUCUGUGGACAUACCUGUUCUUGGAAAGGCGUUUAUUCGGCCCUUCCGGGAGCACCACAUCGACCCGACCGCCAUCACGCGCCACGACUUCAUCGAGACCAACGGGGACAACUGCAUGAUCACCAUCCUGCCCCUGGCGCGCAUGGCCUACAAAUUCCUGUCCCACUCGCCAGAUGCCCUUGCGGAGUCCUACCCUUGGGAGUGCUUCGUCUUCGCACUGGCGGUCUUCGUCACCAUGACCAACCAGAUCCACAAGUGGUCUCACUCCUACUUCGGCCUGCCGUGGUGGGUCACCACGCUGCAAGACUGCCACGUGGUCCUGCCCCGUAAACACCACCGAAUCCACCACGUCUCCCCGCACGAGACCUACUACUGCAUAACCACAGGCUGGCUGAAUUACCCCCUGGACUGUUUAGGGUUCUGGAGGAGGAUGGAGUGGCUCAUUGAAAGGGUCACGGGGCAGAAGCCCCGGAGCGACGACCUCAAUUGGACCAAGAAAACCCACUGAGGCGGGUCAGGACCCAACAGGCCCCGCCCAUGCCCCGCCUCCGUGUGCCCGUGCCCCGCCCAGCCCUCCACACCGAGCCAGCCCUGCCAUCUCAGACAGCAGCAAACAGGGAGGAGCCUGUGAGACGGACAUGCGCCUCUGCCCCGCCCACUCCGACGCGUUUCCACGGCAACCCUCCCGAUAACGGCCAAACACACAGUACCUUCUUCUGCAGCCGCAGCCUUUUAUAAGAGAAAAGAGUCUCCAGCUCCUCGUUCGAUGCAAGACUCUCUUCGUCAGUCUCGAUUCUUUUUUUUUUUUUUUUCAUUCUCUGUCUCGGAAGUUAACUUUUUUUUGGAAAUGAGGUUGAGUUUAUACAAUGAAAUGUGUUGAUGUAAAAUGUGCCACCCUAGCUGCCCCCCCACCCACAUCAGCUGACGGUGCUCAUAACCAAUAGGCUGCUUUUGUCUUAUGUUGUCUUGCCUAUGAGCUGUUGUCUUGCUCUGUCACCCCACCAAUUGGCUGAUGUCUUGUUCAGAAACCUAACCAAUGAGCUUGUUGUCUUACUGUGUCUUCUGUCCAGUGGGCUUGUCUUGUUCUGUCACCUGACCAGUGGUGUGUUAUGUGUCCCUGCUGCCGCUAGAACACGAGGAGACUCGCAGCUAGGCUACCUGGGGAAAGCUGUGUGGCUUCAAACGCGCGGAAGCUAACGGAGAAUAGCGUCUCCUCACAGCUCGCGCAUUAAUCUCCCUCUGUUUUUCCUAUUCCCCUGAAUGGGAGGGCGGACAUCAGCAGUUUAACUUUCUUUUGCCCUCUCAGUCGCACUGAAGAAACAGACGAUGACGCGCCAGUGCGAUCUUGCCCUCGGCAGUGAUGAGUCUCUCGCCGGGGGGGGUCGCUCUGCGUCGGCCCACGUCAGCCCCGCCCCCUUCCCUCCCCGCCUGCACGCGGCCGGAGCGGCUCGGUUGUCUCGUCACCGCCGGCACGUUUGACGGACGGGUGUAGAGAGGGGACCGGGUGCCGCCUGGCUCCGCACUUACCGUGUGGCUCGUUUUUUUGUGUUACGUGGCUUUUUGCUUUCCUGUCUGCGGUCCGUGCAACCCGCGCACCCACAGCACACCUUUAAAGGGCUGAACGAACCCCCAGAGCCACUAAGCUGUUUUUUGUUAUUUAUUUUCUGCUGAAAGCUUUCAAAGUUUCCAGGACUUUAAUAGAACAUGUCUCCUUUUUUUGUUUUUGUUUUUUAACGGACUGCUCGGAGUGUGCAGGGCAGAACAAAUUAGCAAGAGCCAGUGAGCAAAAGUGUUUCAGCCUUUCUCAGUUUUUAUUGCUUAAAGCACACACGCACACACACACACACACACACACACACACGCUAACUCGCGCGCACAGAUGUACACACGCGCAUAGACGAGCGACACACCAUGAACUUGCACAAACCCCAUGGCCGCAUAUAAAAACACGCCUACAUUAUGCGCAUGCACGUACAUACUAACAUACGCAAAUGUACAUGCGGAUAUGUGUGUACACACGCGCGCAUGCAGGCGCCUAUACACUCCGCUUUAGUGGCAACGGCGAAUAAUUCUUUGAUUACUGUUGGGCUCUGUUUAGGAUUCCGCUUUAACAUAUGCCGUUUCAAGUUUUUCAGUCUUUGUUUAUAGAACCGCAUCUCGUCUAUAAUUUUCUAUUUCGGUUUCUGGAGAUUGUUUAAGGCCAGCUGCAAAAUGAUUUCUCCUUUAUGAUUUCCUGGCUGGUCUGCCUUAAAUAAAUGUUUUGUUGAUUGUAUGCUUUAUUAAAGAUGUUUUAAACUGAA